AUGCGACAGGCGCCCAGUACACCACAGCCUCGCAUCUGGGUCGCAUCAGAAUGGCGGGGCUGGGGUAUCUGGGGGUCGACGACCUCAGUCAACGACCUCAUCACACAUCUUCGCCGCACCCAAACCCCAAAUGCUGCUACUGCUGACGACACCCCGACUCCUCGUCGUCUCCCCUCUGUUCCGAUCCCACACUCAAUACAUCCAUCUCUUAGAAGUAUUCUCGAAUUUCCCGAAGUUCAACCUCCUCAGCCCCGUCCUGGCGCUCAUCGCACGGCCAUAGGUGCUCGUCCGUCGCGGCGAACUGCCGGGCCCCCGCCGCCCCAGAGCUGGCUCGCAGCAAGUACCGAGGAGGUCCAGCCCGAUAACUACUUAGUCGAAAGGUCAGAACACAUGGAAACAAUAAUUUAUCGCUUGAAGCGGCUUCCUGGUGCCACCUUCCCAGGCCCCAUGAGUUUAACGCAUCUGGUGCUUAAGACAAUGGCACUCAACUGGGCCAGGCAUGUGCAAUACGACGGUCUUUUUUUGGCUGAGCUGCCAAACAAUAUGAAAGAGCUAUUGCUUAGUUACCUCGCCGUGUUUACAAACACGAAGGGUCGGCUUCUGAAUGGAUACAUGACGGGCUUCAAGCCACUUUUCUUGCCCCAGCAGGAUCAGGAUCACACUACUGGUGGCGAGUAUGUGUUAAACGAAGCUGAAUAUCUUGGAAAGGACGCAAGUGUUAUUCGACUGGACCUAGGUGGCGCAAUAGGAAACUGGAUAUCUUUCAAGCAGCUGACGAAUGAGUUGAUUAUCUCGAAAUCCUCAGCUGCGGGUGUCUCAGGUCGCGAGCGAGAAGAGGAAGUCCCAGCUUCAUGGGAUGAGAAAGUCCAACCUAGCCACGCAAGAGAUGCAACCCUCGCCGCCAACGCCUUCCAACCUUCGUCCAUUCCCAAGGAAGUGACUCCCAAGCUGCGCUUUGAAAACCUCCGCUUCCUAUCUCUAGCACACCCGACCCCAAGCGGUGCAAGCUGGACCGCUUUGCUCAGUCUACUUGCUCGUUUGACAAAAAUCACCCACCUCUCCCUAGCACACUGGCCUACACCGACCCGCAUUCCGGGUUCUAGAGUUCCUAGCAUUGGCCACUCUCUAUACCAAUCGUACAGCGGAGCUGACAACCUUCUUCAGCCGGAGUGCGAUUGGGCCGAGGCCGCAAGUAUUCUCCGUCAGCUAUCCCGUGCUACCUAUUGUCUCAAAUGGCUGGAUCUUGAGGGCUGCGCAGACUGGCUUCGGGCUUUGAAUUGGGUCGGAGAAGAUCCAAACGGCGUUCCAUACCCACCUGGUGCUGUCGGUCCAGACUGGAAUGGUUCAUGGAGAGACGUCGACUGGGUUGGUCUGGGCCCUGGUUGGAUUCCGAUCCUGAAAGACAAUGAUGGUAAUUAUGACCCCGCUGCUCCCUCCUCGAGCGACGACGAAGAGAGCGAUGUCCGUCGGCUCAACAAACUUCAAGUUUACCGUGGCCAAUUUCAUACUGGACUGGCCGUGCGCCAGAGGCUUCGACAAAUCAGACAUGAGGUUAAUGGGAAAUGGAUCGAAGUAUCACUUGGGCUGGAUGAUGUCGCUCCGCAGAUCAUUAGACAACUGGUUGGCCAAGCUUACGCAUUACAUUCGUGA